UCUACUUCAAUACUUCAAUUCAUUUCAAGUCUGAGCAACAAACACAAAUCCCUUCGAAUCAAAUCCAACUCACUCUCUCUCGUCUCUACCCAACCGAGCCUGUAAAAUUCUUUCUUAGAGAAAUUUAAACAACAACAACAACAACAAUGCGUCUAGUUCUUCGACUACAAUCCCUCUCUCUUCAAUCCCUGUAAUUCAAGAUCUUUAAAAAGAAAGAAAGAAAGAAACAAAAAAUGUCAAAGAACUUCGUGAGAGAGAACGUGCCUCUCUCUCGAUUCGGUGUUUUAGUCGCACAAUUAGAAUCCAUAGGCGCCUCCGCUUCCCAACAAUCCCCUGACCCUCUCCUCUCUUUCGAUCUCCUCUCCGAUCUCCUCUCCGCCAUCGAUGAAGAGCCACAGGAAUCUAUUUUGUUAUGGCAAAGAAAAUGCGAGGAUGCAUUGUAUUCAUUGCUCAAGCUUGGCGCGCGGCGGCCAGUGCGGCAUCUGGCAUCAGUGGCAAUGGCUAAGAUCAUAUCUAGAGGGGAUAGUAUUUCGAUAUACUCCAGAGCGAGUAGUCUCCAAGGGUUUCUUUCUGAUGCUAAGAGAAGCGAACCUCAAAGAGUUGCCGGUGCUGUGCGAUGCUUGGGAGAAUUAUAUCAGCAUUUCGGAAGAAAAAUUACCUCAGGAUUGCCUGAAACAACUGUUAUUGCCUCAAAACUUAUGAAGUUUCAUGAGGAUUUUGUGAGACAAGAGGCUCUACUUAUGCUUGAAAAAGCUUUGGAAGGGUCUGGUGGUAGUGCUGCAUCUACAGCAUAUAUGGAGGCAUUCCGUCUCAUCACACGUUUUGCUAUAGGAGAUAAAUCAUUUGUUGUUAGAAUAGCUGGAGCUCGUUGUCUGAAGGUAUUUGCUAGCAUUGGUGGACCAUGCCUAGGAGUUGGUGAAAUUGAGAAUUCAGCUUCUUAUUGUGUCAAGGCCCUUGAGGAUCCUGUAUCACUUGUCAGGGAUGCAUUUUCUGAAGCACUAGGCUCAUUGCUAGCUCUUGGAAUGAAUCCAGAGGCUCAGGUUCAACCCAGGGGAAAAGGUCCUUUUCCUCCAGCAAAAAAACUAGAAGGUGGUUUGCAGAGGCAUUUAGCUUUGCCCUUCACAAAAGUGAGUGGAACUCGGUUGAAGGAUGUGCGAAUUGGCAUAACCUUAUCUUGGGUUUACUUUUUACAGGCAAUUCGUCUAAAGUAUCUACUUCCAGAUAGCGAGCUUCAACAGUAUGCUUUGCAGGUUAUGGAGAUGCUUCGCUCAGAUACUUCUGUUGAUGCUCAUGCACUGGCUUGCAUUCUUUACGUCCUCAGAGUUGGUGUAACUGAUCAGAUGACUGAACCUACUCAAAGGGGCUUUUUAGUUUUCCUAGGAAAGCAGCUUGAGUCUUCUGAUGCCACUCCUUCCAUGAAAAUUGCUGCUUUACGUACAUUGUCAUACACUUUGAAAACAUUGGGCGAGGUUCCAUUAGAAUUCAAGGAACUCUUUGAUAGCACAAUUGUUGCUGCAGUAUCUCAUUCUUCUCAACUUGUACGCAUUGAGGCUGCCUUGGCAUUGCGUGUUUUGGCUGAGGUCGAUCCUACAUGUGUUGGUGGUUUGAUUUCUUAUGUUGUGACCACUUUAAGUGCUUUGAGAGACAAUAUUUCAUUUGAAAAGGGAAGCAAUCUGAAAACUGAGCUUGAUUCUUUGAAUGGACAAGCUACUGUUUUGGCUGCUUUGGUUUCUAUUUCACCCAAACUGCCUCUUGGCUAUCCAGCCAGAUUACCAAGAUCAGUGCUGGAACUUUCAAAGAAAAUGCUAACAGAAUCUUCAAGAAAUCCUAUAGCUGCAAUAGUUGAGAAAGAAGCUGGAUGGUUACUUUUGUCCUCGCUAUUGUCUUCAAUGCCAAAGCAGGAGCUUGAAGACCAGGUUUUUGAUAUUCUUUUGCUAUGGGCUACCCUCUUUAGUGGAAAUCCAGAACGAGAAAUUCAAAAAAUUGAAGAUUUGGCUUCUACUAUAUGUGUGUGGUCUGCUGCUGUUGAUGCACUGACAGCAUUUGUAAGAUGCUUUAUUUCUCAUAAUGCAGCAAACAAUGGGAUUCUACUUCAACCAGUUAUGGUAUACUUGAGUAGUGCCCUGUCCUAUAUACUACUGCUACAACGUAAAGAACUGCCUAAUAUUAAGCCUGCAAUAGACAUAUUCAUCAUCAGAACGUUAAUGGCCUAUCAGGCCCUCCCUGAUUCAAUGGCAUAUAAAAGUGACCAUCCUCAGAUUAUCCAAUUAUGUACCAUUCCAUUCAGGGAUGCUGCUAGAUGUGAGGAAAGUUCAUGCUUGAGGUUACUGCUGGACAAAAGAGAUGCAUGGUUGGGUCCUUGGAUUCCUGGAAGGGAUUGGUUUGAAGAUGAAGUUCGUGCUUUUCAAGGUGGAAAAGAUGGCCUUAUGCCUUGUGUAUGGGACAAUGAACCCUCAAGUUUUCCUCUGCCGGAAACAAUAAACAAGAUGUUGGUGAACCAGAUGCUCCUUUGCUUCGGAAUCAUGUUUGCUUCUCAAGAUAAUGGUGGGAUGUUGUUGCUUCUUGGAAUGGUUGAGCAAUGUCUAAAAGCUGGAAAAAAGCAAUCAUGGCAUGAAGCCAGUGUUACCAAUAUAUGUGUUGGGUUACUUGCAGGAUUGAAGGCUUUGAUUGCUUUACGUCCCCAACCUUUGGGACCUGAGAUAUUGAAUGGAGCUCAGGCAAUUUUUCAGAGUAUUCUGGCAGAGGGAGAUAUCUGUGCAUCCCAACGUAGAGCAUCGUCAGAAGGUCUUGGUCUAUUAGCUCGCCUGGGAAAUGAUAUCUUUACAGCCAAAAUGACUAGGUUGCUUCUUGGUGACCUUCCCGGUGCAACAGAUUUCAACUACGCUGGCUCAAUUGCCUUCGCACUUGGCUGCAUUCAUCGCAGUGCUGGAGGAAUGGCAUUGUCAAGUUUAGUGCCUCAAACUGUGAGCUCAAUAUCUUUGCUAGCUAAAAGUACGAUUACUGGGUUACAGAUCUGGUCGUUGUAUGGUCUUCUUUUGACUAUUGAAGCUUCUGGUUUCUCAUAUGUAUCUCAUGUUCAGGCAACACUUGGGCUUGCUUUGGACAUUCUUCUGUCUGAGGAGAAUGGGUUGGUUGACUUUCAGCAAGGAGUGGGCCGCCUUAUAAAUGCUAUUGUUGCUGUUCUUGGUCCUGAACUUGCCCCUGGAAGCAUUUUCUUUUCACGCUGCAAGUCUGUCAUUGCAGAGAUAAGCUCCUGGCAAGAAACGGCCACAUUGCUAGAGAGUGUUCGUUUUACACAGCAACUUGUCCUUUUUGCUCCGCAAGCUGUUUCCGUGCACACUCAUGUGCAAACACUUCUCUCAACUCUGUCAUCAGGACAGCCAACUUUAAGGCAUCUUGCUGUCUCCACCCUCCGGCAUCUCAUUGAAAAGGAUCCAGUUUCUAUCAGUGAUGAGCAAAUAGAAGAUAACUUGUUUCACAUGCUGAACGAGGAAACUGAUUCUGUGAUUGGGAGUCUGGUACAGGCCACAAUUAUGCGAUUGCUCCUUGCUUCAUGCCCUUCAUGUCCAUCUCACUGGAUAUUGAUUUGUCGUAAUAUGGUACUCGCUACAUUGGGAAGGCAAGAUACUGAUACCAAUAGGAGUGCUGGAAAUGAUCCUCUAAAUGGUCCAGACAACGACUCAGGAAUGGACCUUGGGGAAGAUGAUGAAAACAUGGUUAGUAGCUCUAAAGGCAUGCCGGUGCAAGGUUAUGCUUUUGGAGCUCACAGGAUCAAUCAUAAUAGAGAUAAACACCUCAGAUACCGAACUAGAGUUUUUGCUGCCGAGUGUUUGAGUCAUCUGCCUAUAGCUGUUGGUAAGAAUCCUGCUCAUUUUGAUCUCUCUUUGGCGAGGAAACAAUCUACUAAUGGGGAACUCUCGCGAGACUGGCUAGUUCUCCAUGUUCAAGAGUUAAUUUCACUGGCUUAUCAGAUUAGCACAAUACAGUUUGAAAACAUGCGGCCAAUUGGUGUGAGACUCUUAACUGCAAUUCUUGACAAGUUUGAAAAAUCCCCAGACCCAGAGCUUCCUGGACAUCUUCUACUGGAACAAUACCAGGCCCAACUAGUAUCUGCUGUUCGCACAGCAUUGGAUGCAUCUUCUGGUCCUAUUCUUCUCGAGGCAGGGCUUCAGCUGGCCACUAAGAUAAUGACCAGUGGAGUACUGGGUGGUGAUCAAGUUGCAGUUAAACGCAUGUUUUCAUUAAUUUCUAGGCCACUGAAUGACUUCAAGGAUGUUUAUUAUCCUUCAUUCGCAGAGUGGGUCUCAUGCAAGAUCAAGAUAAGACUUCUGGCUGCUCAUGCCUCUCUCAAAUGUUACACUUUCUCAUUUUUGAGGAGACACCAUAGUGGAGUUCCAGACGAGUAUCUAGCAUUGUUACCAUUGUUUUCUAAGAGUUCAAAUAUUCUGGGGAAGUACUGGAUUGGGGUUCUGAAGGAUUACAGUUAUAUUUGCUUAUGCCUGGAUGCCAAGAAAAAUUGGAAUCCAUUCCUUGAUGGAAUUCAAUCACCUAUCGUUUCAUCAAAAGUGCAGCUCAGUUUAGAGGAAUCCUGGCCAGUGAUUCUGCAAGCACUUGCAUUAGAUGCAAUUCCUGCAAAUACCCAUGGGAAUUCAAAGGAAACAGAUGAAAAUACAUCAAAUAAUAGUUUAAUAUCUGGAUAUAGCAUGGUUGAACUCAAGUUGGAAGAUUAUCGAUUUCUAUGGGGGUUUUCCCUGCUUGUUCUAUUUCAGCGACAACAUCCAACUCUUACUAGACGAAUAAUAUUACUAAGUUCUGCUGAAGUAAGAUACGGUGGAGAUUCGCCAACUGAAGAGACAAAUACUGCAGCUUUGAAGCAAUAUGAGAUUGUUCUGCCAGUUUUCCAGUUUCUCUUGACAGAAAGAUUUUUCACUGAAGAAUUUAUUACUCUGGAUAUUUGCCGAGAAUUGCUGCAGGUUUUCUUCUACUCUAUUUACAUGGAUAAUUCCUGGAAUACUCUUUCAAUAUCAGUUCUAUCACAGAUUGUGCAGAAUUGUCCCGCAGAUUUUCUUGAAGCAGAAGCUUUAGGUUAUCUGGUCGUGGAACUUCUCUUGGCUUAUAUCUUCAAUGUUUUUCAGAGAACCUAUGAGGUCCUAUCAGAUCACUCAAACUGUGAGGAGUUGAUAUCUCCAUUGUUUAUUACAGCAAAGACACUUGUGAAGCGUUGCGAACCAAAGUUGUGCCUUAAUAUGCAGAAGCAAUUAAAGUCUGUGGUCGUGGCCUUAGUGUUGGUUGGUUACAAGUGUGUCAGAGAAGCUUUGACAGAGUUAAGCUUUUCAACAGUUAAUGACUUUGUAAAGUGUGUGAUUCCCUUGAUGAAGAAACUUGUUGAUGACUCUGCUGAACAUGGUAAUAAUAGCAGUCAUCUGAGGGCAAUCCUGGGAACUUGUCUGAAUGUGAUUGCUGAUUUGAUUAAGGAUUGCAUCAAGGGCAUUCACCUUCUGGAGAACAAAAGAUCUGACUUACUCAAGUUACUGCAAUUGAAGCUUUCUUUCUCUAUUGAGCAAAUGAUGUUAUUUGCCAAGCUAGUUUAUGAAAGUGUAUAUGGCAGACAAGCUGAAGACAGCAAUACUAUUUGUCUUGCUGUGCUCAAGUAUUGCAGCAAAUACAUCCAGACUGUGCUGAAAGAUUCAAAUGUACAGGUUCAAGCAAUUGGAUUGCAAGUGCUCAAAACCAUGACUCAGAGAAGCACCAGCAUAGAAGACAGUUCUUUCUUCAUAUUUUUUAGUGGAGAGCUUGUUACAGAAAUUUUCCACAUAAUCCACACCUCGUUGAAGAAACCAGUAAGUAAAGAAUCUGUGUCUAUUGCUGGUGAGUGCUUGAGAUUUCUAGUGCUUCUACAAACACUUUCAAAAGCAAAUGAAUGUCAGAGAGGCUUCAUGAAUCUGCUUCUCAAAGCCAUUGUCAUGAUAUUCUCAGCAUCAGAAGAUGAUUCCUCUCAGGAAGUCAGUGAUAUAAGAACCAAUGCUGUAAGGCUUGUUUCUUCUCUUGCUCAAAUUCCUUCAUCGGCAGUCCACUUUAAGGAUGUCUUGUUAUCAAUGCCUGUGUCACAUAAACAACAACUUCAGGGGGUAAUCCGUGCUUCUGUGGCACAGCAUCAAAAUGCAUCACCAAUGAAAACUGUGGCACCAUUAGAAAUAAAAUUACCAGUGCCAAAAGAUUCCCAAACAUCAUCCACAUCAACACUGCCAAUAGAAGGAAGUAGACAGAAAAGUUCUACCCCAUCAUCCCCUGUUCACUUUGACCAGGUCACAAUGGAAGAUGACCAAGAGGACGAAGAUGACUGGGAUGCUUUCCAGUCUUUCCCUGCUUCAACUGAUGCAGCUGGUACUGUUUCAAAAGCAGAAAGUGCUGCACAAGAACCAGACCUGGUUGAGAAAUCUAAUUCAGAAAGUGAGUUUCAAGACUUUUCUACAUCCAAACCCGUCAACAAUGAAGGUGAUAUGAGCAGUGCUGAGCAUCAAGAAGUGAUUUCUAAUGACCUAGGACAUAAUAUCAAACCCGAACCCUAUAAUGAUCAAUAUCAUAAUAGAGAAGAGGAGGGAGUGGCAUUGAACCAAGAGAAUGUAAAAAUCUCAACUGAUCUUCAACUUAUCGACGAAGCACCGAGCCACAAGGAUGAAGAGGGAGCAGUGUCUAGCCAAGAGAAUAUCAAAACCUCACCUGAUAUUAAAGUUAUUGAGGAUACAGAAGGGUCGAUUCAAGUGAAUAUAGUGGAAGAUUAUGAGCAGACAACGCAUAGCACACGUAACAGUAUUGAUCAUCAGAGUCAAGUAUCACCAGAUGAUCUUCAACCUGUUGAAGUUAAAGAACAGGUCGAAGCAAAUAUAGUGCAGGACCAUGACCAGCUCAAGGUUCCUCCAGAUCAGCAAAAUGUUGUUCCAUGAUCAUCGGAUGCUCUGCCCACAGAAUUGCUUUCUGAACAUGAAACUGAGGAAGCAGAGGAUGGAGCAAGUAGCAAAAGGCAUGUUGAAGCUGAAAAUGCUUUGGGCAAGAUCAUCGAUGAAUCUAAGAGCAGUGAGCAGCAGCAGGAUAACAGUGAGAAAUUGAAAUUACCAAGAUAACAAUAUGGGGGGGAAGCAGUGUUGGAAUCUGAUGGGAAACAGCGUGCAGAACCUGAUGAAGAUACUGUGAACAAAACGAUGGCCGCAAAUAAGAGCGAUGGGAAACCAGAAUCACAGUGAGAUUGACAGAACAUAAAGUACUCAUCGUUUAUAAUGCAGAUUUUGUAUUUCUUAAUCUAAGCCUUCCUGGAACUUGAGGCCUAGGCAGGCCAUUGACUUUCGUCGUAUUAAUUUUUAUAUAAUGGGUUGGUAUUUUUUUU